ACUGCGGCCCCUUCUUAAGCGCGCGGAGCCUCUCCCGGAGCCUCUCCCCUCACUCGCCGCUCCCAACGAUCUCCCUCCCGCGCUAUGGCCUCCGUGCUGAGCUAUGUUUCCAAGUUCAAGUCCUUCCUGAUCUUGUUCCUCACCCCGAUACUGCUGCUGCCACUCGUCAUUCUGAUGCCCGCCAAGUUUGUCAGGUGUGCCUACGUCAUCAUCCUCAUGGCUGUCUACUGGUGCACCGAGGUCAUCCCUCUGGCAGUCACCUCCCUCAUGCCUGCCUUCCUCUUUCCGCUCUUGAAGAUUCUGGACUCCAAGCAGGUGUGUGUCCAGUACAUGAAGGACACAAACAUGCUGUUCCUGGGUGGCCUCAUCAUAGCGGUGGCUGUGGAGCGCUGGAACCUGCACAAAAGGAUAGCCCUGCGGACACUCCUCUGGGUGGGGACCAAGCCUGCACAGCUGAUGCUGGGCUUCAUGGGCGUCACAGCCUUUCUGUCCAUGUGGAUCAGCAACACGGCCGCCACAGCCAUGAUGGUGCCCAUCGUGGAGGCCAUGCUGCAGCAGAUGGAGGCCACCACCGCCGCCGCCGAGGCCGCCCUGGGAGCCCUGGAGCUGGCAGACAAGGGCAAGGCGGGCACGCUGCCAGGGAGUCAAGUGACCUUCGAAGGCCCCCCCGAGGGCCGGCAGGCUAACGGCGACAGGAGGAGCUUGUGCAAGGCCAUGACUCUGUGCGUGUGCUACGCGGCCAGCAUCGGGGGCACUGCCACGCUGACGGGCACGGGACCCAACAUGGUGCUUCUAGGCCAGAUGCACGAGCUGUUCCCCGCCAGCAAAGACCUGGUGAACUUCGCCUCUUGGUUCGGGUUUGCCUUCCCCAACAUGCUGUUGAUGCUGCUGCUGGCCUGGCUGUGGAUCCAGUGCAUGUACAUGAGGCUGAGUUUCAAGAAGUCCUGGGGCUGUGGGCUGGAGAGCAGGAGCCAUGAGAAGGCCGCUUCCGAGGUGCUGCGGGAAGAGUACAGGAAGCUGGGGCCCUUCUCCUUCGCCGAGGCCAACGUCCUGCUCUGCUUCGUCCUGCUGGUCGGCCUGUGGUUCUCCCGGGACCCCGGCUUCAUGCCCGGCUGGAUGUCGCUGGCCUGGGAGGAGGGCAAGACGAAGUAUGUGUCUGACGCCACCGCGGCCACUUUCGUGGCCACCUUGCUGUUUGUCAUGCCUUCGCAGAAGCCCCAGUUCAGCUUCCGCGGCCAGACCGAGGAGGAAAGGAAAGCUCCGUUUUACCCCCCUGCGCUGCUGACCUGGAAGGUGAUCCAGGAGAAAGUGCCCUGGGGCAUCGUGUUGUUGCUGGGGGGCGGCUUUGCCCUGGCCAAAGGAUGUGAGGCCUCGGGGCUGUCUGAGUGGAUGGGGAAGCAGAUGGAGCCCUUGCGCUCUGUGCCCCCCGCAGCCGUCACCUUGAUCCUGUCCCUGCUUGUCGCUGUGUUCACUGAGUGCACAAGCAACGUGGCCACCACCACCCUGUUCCUGCCCAUCUUUGCCUCCAUGUCCCGUACCAUCGGCCUCAACCCGCUCUACGUCAUGCUGCCCUGCACACUGAGCGCAUCCUUUGCCUUCAUGCUGCCUGUGGCCACCCCGCCCAACGCCAUCGUGUUUGCCUACGGACACCUCAAGGUUUCGGACAUGGUGAAAACGGGACUCAUGAUGAAUGUAAUUGGAGUCCUCUGCGUGUUUCUGGCGGUGAACACCUGGGGACGGGUCAUUUUUGACUUGGAUCAUUUCCCUGACUGGGCUAAUGUGACCAACAUUGAGACCUAGGGACAGACGCACGGCACGGCCUGGCCCACCGCCCCGCCCCGCCCUCCUGAGGACCCCCCCGCACCUUCCAGCACAUCUUGCAGCAGAGCCCUGGGGCUCCCUCCCCAGAGUGACCCGGCGACGCCCACACCCCCACGGAGACCGCGCCAAGGGUCGGUUCCUCCUCCAGGCCCAGGUUCAGAGCUGGGGAGGGGCAGCUGCUGGGAGGAAGGGGAGGGAUUCGCCGGAGACUCGGGGGGCGUCUGUGUUUCCCUGAGGACCUGCCAUCACUUCUGGGGCAGGUGGGCUCCCGAGGAGCUAGGACGCAGGCUGUCAGCUGGCCCCAAGCUGGGCUCUGGUGUCCACUCGCGCGGUCCAGGGUCCUCAAGGGGAAGAUCAGAUCCCAGCUUGGGAAGCGAGAGGUGGGCCACCUGUAGCUGGCCUUGUGCUGCCUCCGGGCGGCUCUCCUGCUCCUGGAAAGGAUGAUCCCAGCCAGGGACACAAUGUCUGGAAUUCCAGAGCCUCCUGGAGUCGUGGGGACACGGUGCCACCACCGAAGGACGAGGAAUUUGGACUGAGAACUUCUGGCCGCUGCCCACAGCACGUGGCUGGCUGACCUGCUUCCCUCCUCCCUCGGUCCCUCUCAGUGGACGUCUGGGCCCCUUCGCUGUCCUUCCUGCACACCCUUUGUCGUCUGGGCCAACGGACGCCCAGACCCCCUGGCUGGGGUCCUCCAGUGCAUCUGUUCCUCCCAAGGGCUCAGCCUCUCCGGCCACCCCACACAGCUGGGGUCACACUCCAAGUCUGGGCGGCAAUGGCUCCUUUGGGGCCACCAGUGGGUAUCUGGGUCCUCUCUCACCUGCUGGCUCAGAGUGGACGCCGCUGAUCCCUGUGGGGAGCAGGGGCCCAUCGGAGCAUGUUUGGGCAGAGCACGGGCGUCCCUUGGCUGACUGGCCUCAGCAGCCAGGCCCGGUGACAGCAGAGCUCACAGAGAACAAGCUGUGCCAGUGGCCCUGAGCAGACAGCACCUGCAGUGGCCAGGGCAAAGCUUGCCGAGUGGCCACGGGGACCCCCAACCGUGACAUGACACACGCCCACCCCCACCUGUCAACCUCCUUUCCUUUGUGGAGGAGAAGCAGGCACGAGAGCACAUUAGGCUCCUUGAUGGCGUUGGUCAGGGCCGGGGAAGUUGGGGAGUCAGGAACUCAAGGAAACACUCUCGAGGACCCGGGACGUCUCUGGCUCCCGGGGUGGGUCGUUCCCCACGGCCCCAUGUGUCUUCCCCCAGGAGGGCCACCAGCUCUGGCUUUCCGCGGGGGCAGGUGCCUGGGCGAACCCUGGCUCACCGCUCACUCCUGUCCCUGGCGCCCCCGCUGGCUUUCUCCCUGGGUCCUUGCAGCGGCCCCCUGAGAUGGGCCUGCGUCGUCCUCCGAGGACACGGAGGCUCCGAGGGGCCGAAUCACACGUCCAGAGUUGCACACGGAGUGAGCGGCUGCACAGCUCUAACCAGACCUUCCACCCUCCCGUCCGCUGCUCCUCAGCCUGCCCGCUCCGGGAACAGUGGCGCACAAGCUGCUUCCUGAGGUGGGCUUGGGACUGCCGGGGGCGUCCAGCUGGAGAGAGCGCGGCGGUGGCUACCCGUCCCCUCCAAGGCCAGCCGGCCGGCCCACUCCUGCUGUUCACGGUGGAGAGUGCCCUGAGGACCUGCGCUGGCUGCCGGUCCAGCACUGGGACGUUGGCUGACCUGGGACGUGGGGCUUCCCCGGCCGGCAGCGAGCUGGCUGGGGGCUUCUGUGGAGGAGACCCUCAGGCUGAGGACUGACCACAGGCUGUUGACGCACAACUUCUGACGCCAGAGCCGCUCUGACCUUCGGGGACGGUCGGGACGGUGGCGGUGACGGCCGCCUGAGCCACGCGGGCGUUCAGCGUCGCCGGGACAGGGAGUCGGAGGGACACGGCCGCUGGGGCCACUGGGCUCCUUCGCACUCCAUGCCUUCAUGGCCACAUGCCGGCCUCGUGCCACACAUGCGUGGGCACCGCAUGCAGGAGGAAGGGGCAUGACGGGGCCCGUGGCAUCUUCCUUUUUUGUCGGGACAGCACCUUCUCAGGAGGCUGGCAGUUGGCCCUCCGUGUGUCACCGGCCCCACGCGGGCGUGGACAAAGGGUAAACCGAGCAUGGAGCACAGUCCAUGUAUCACAAGACUGGUCAGGACUCGUCUCCUGGGCUCAGGGAAUGGGCCUGUGUUUCCUUAAAUUGGUAAUUUCCACCCACCACAAAAUCCGGGUUCUGGCAGGAGAACAGUGGGGGUGCUGUUGGGUUGGGGAUGAACAGGGUCUGGCAUUCUGGCCCUUUCAAGGGCUGCCCUCACUCCAGGCCCAUCUCUGGGCUUCAGUUUCCAACAGGAAGGGGCCUCUGUCUGGGGCUACUGCAACCUGGGGAGGGCUUGGCCUGGAGUGCUGUACUGGGGCCACCCCCCACCCCGGUCUCUGCCGUUUGCUGGAAGUCCUCUCAGACCUCUUACCCAUCAACAUUUUGCCUCUUACGUUUUGUGAAGAGGUUCUGCCCCAUACCCCGCGUCCUCUCUUCCUGGCGCCCGGAUCAGACUCUGGGCCCGAGGUUCGCCGAGCACAGUCCUGACCAGGACCGUGAUCUGACCUGGGACGCCUUGCAAAGGUCCUCAUCUGGGACCCCGGAACUGGGGUGUUUCCCUGUCCCGCGGAUCCGAGACCUUCCUUGGGGGAAGGAGGGGUCCCUCCUCCCACCACCCCUCACACGCUGUCGCCACAAACAGACGGUGAGAUGGCUGCUCUGGGUCCCAAGCGGGGAAGGAGCUCAGUGGUACUGCCAGUCCUCAGAACAGCCACGGCCACGUCCUUGCUCAUAGAAACAGACCAAGUGUGGGACCGUCUGGUUUAAAGCUGCACUAGGUGGUCCUCUUCUUGGCUCCGACCUGUCUUCUACAGUCUCCUUCCUUCUGGUCCCACAGCCUCUUAAAAGCUGUGUCUCCCAACCCACCAGGGAAGCUCCUUUUCAAAAUGAAAAUAAAUGGAUUCCUCCAAGGUCGUCAUCCACACACAUUCGCUGUCAGGGGCUGAAGCCCUGGCCCUCGGGGGUUCGGCUCUCUCUCCCUCGAUGUCCAGAUUCAGGAGGCAGGCUCUUGCUUCCCUCGUCUGAGGGUCUGAAUGCCCCGUCCCCCCUCAGAGUCGCAGGCUGCCCCUGGCUGGCUGCUGCCCCUGGCUGGCCGCUGUCCCGCACGGAGCACGGCCUGCUUCCAGCUCUCGGGCGUCAAGAAGUCCCAGAAUUCCGUCUCAGAAUGCUGUUAUCCAACCGGGAAAGCUGGGCUAGUGUUUGUCUUUAAAAAGUUAACAUCAAACCCAUCCAAGAAAGCCCCCCAGUGCAAAACAGGGUUGAGAGGGGCCCCUCCCGCACAGACCUCGAGGCCUCCAGCCGCCCCCAUCUGGGAGGGAGUUUGCUGACAGCGUUGUCCGCAUCCUCCCAGAAACGUCCGGAUCCACAAGCUUCUGCUUCUCCGUCUCCCCGGGAGCCUUCGCACAUGGCGUCUCUCCUCGUUUCCACCCUUCCCCUUAAUUUAUUUGGAGAUCAUUCCAUUUCAGGACAUAUUAAUCGUGACUGGUUUAUCUUUUCAUCCGAUAGUUGAUCUUGUUUUAAAUCGAUGUAACAUGAAUUUUGGGGACUUGCUCGGAUCUUGAGCAGAACGUUCAGUGUUUCAGGCACCUGUAUGCACCUUGUAAGCGACAACCACCACCACCUCCCCCCAGUCCCUUCUCCCUCCCCUUCCAGAACCCCACCCCUCCCCCCAGGCCACCCCUAUUCCCGGAUGCCUGUCACCACAGGCUCCAUUUGCUCCCUGAACUUCCUAUAGAUGGAACCGUAAUGUACAUCCUGGCUCAUGUCGGAUGUAUUUGCUGCGCAAAAUGUUCCCGAUAAUCAUUCCUUUGUGAUUGUUGCCGAGGGCCGCUCUGUGGUGUGAAUCAGCCGCAGUGUGUCCACUGUCCUCGGGUGGACUUUUGGGGUGUUCCAGCUUGGGGCUACCGUGAAUAAAGCUGUUAAACUCUCUGCACAA